AGUGGGGCAAGACCCCUGUCACGUGAUUCGGCACAGACUGACGUUUGGACUUGUCGUGCGGUGGAAAGCAGAUAUUAAGAGUACUGUUCGCACACCCGGUGCGUGGUGGUUGCCGUUAGGCUGCAUUAUAAACUUUGAAAAAGAACGCUGGAGCAGUUAUUCCGGGUCAGAGCGCGAUGCCAAGGACUGAGGAGUAGCCUGUUUUGUUUGUACUUCCUUUGAGCUGUCGGAGAGGCAGACAGAGAUGAACGUGCUGUCGACGCUCUUCCAGGCCGCGCUGCCAGUCCUUUGCACUGCCUCCAACGGCUGCUCCGCCGCCCUCUGAGCGCGGUGCCGAGAGCCAUGCUGUCGGGAAGCUGGCGCCGCUCGGCCGUGCCCAAGUCUGCCGUCUCGGUGCCAGGCGGCAGGGGCGGCGUCCGUGGCGCCGUGGUGCUGGAGGCGCAGUAUGACUAUUCGUACCGCGGUGCGGACGGCCGUCAGGUCUCCAUGCACGAGGGCGAGCGCUUCAUCCUCCUCCGCAAGGCCAACGCUGACUGGUGGCAGGUGCGCAGGUUCGGGGGGACGGCAAAGGCCAAGCCCUUCUACGUCCCGGCCACCUACGUGGUGGAGGUGCCGACCACGCCUGCGGCCGCUCCGAGCCCUCAGCCCGCGUCCGUCUCGCCAUCGUCCUCCUCCUCUGUGGUCACCAUGAGGCUGCAGUCGAGGGCCUCGCUCACGCCUUUUUCACCCACGCAGGACUCAGGGACCUCCACCUUCUCCCCUGUGACCAAAACCUUCUGCCGCUCCAUGGAGAAUCUCAACUCCAGCUGCGCCUUCCGGGGCGGGGGGCACGGAACCGGCAUCGCAGGGGACCGCUUCACGACGCUCCCCCUGUCUGGUCCCCCAAACCCGGUCGCCUCAUCAUCCGGGCACCUUCUGGUCCCCCGUGGCCCCUGUGGCCCGAUGCCUCGCAGCAGGAGCUCCAGCAAUCUCCCUCAGAACCCGUACGGUGACCAGGGAGGAGCGAGCGACAGGGUCGCGCCGGUGGGCGCGAACCCCUCCAAAUCUUAUAGCCAGUGGGACAUGGCUGCCUCGUCCCGAAGGCUCGGCAACAGCCAGAUGGCGGCCCGCUCCUACAUCCCCCAGCAUUCCUUGCUGGAGUCUCCGCUCUACAGCGGCCUGCAGGAAGUGAAGCGGCGCCAGGCGGAGCCGCCCGGCCCGGCCCCGGGCCAGCGGCCCCUGCAGGUCCUCGACCUGUGGGAGCAGUACGUGGACCCGACCUCGGGCCGCUGCUUCUAUGUCAACAGCGUGACCCAGGAGCGGUCCUGGAAGCCGCCGCGACGAGCCCGCAACCGCAUUUCCAACCAGGCCAGUCCGGUGCAAGGAGGAACAUUCCCCUGUGAGUCGAACCACCUGUCUCUGACCAGCCCAAAUUCUGGCAAUGGCAGCGCCACCAUGCACAGGCUCUCCCCGGACAUCAUCUACAGCAUCCAGGAUGCAGCGGAAAGCGGCUGGCAUCUGAGACAAGACGUGCAGCGACCCGCGUCCUCAGAUGCUCUCGGCAGCGCCUCCUUGAGCCUGGACGACAUCCAGCUCCGUAACUCGACCCCGUUGCGCGGGUGCGCGCAGCUCGGGCAGUCGCCCGCGGCGGCGCUGCCGCACACCAAGCGCUGCAUGGACUUCUCCUCUCACGCGAGCGGCGUGGCCCUCGGGCACCGCUUCCCAGCUGAGUCCCCGGAUUGUUCCGAGAACGUUACCCCGGAGCUGGAGAAGGCCGGCCUGCUGAACAAGACGAAGAUCGCAGAAGGAGGCAGGAAGCUGAGGAAGAACUGGAACCCGUCCUGGGUGGUGCUCGUGGGGAACAGCCUGGUGUUCUUCAAGGACCCCAAAUCGCAGACGCCCUCCAGCUGGAAGCCAGGGAACAGUAAACCUGAAAGCAGCGUGGACCUGAGAGGAGCUCAGCUGCACUGGGCCAACGAGCUCUCCAGCAAAAAGAACGUGUUCAGGCUGAGGACGGUGACCGGGAACGAGUUCCUGCUGCAGUCAGAGACGGACUCCGUGAUCAUGGAGUGGUACAACACCCUUCAGAGUGUCAUCGACCGCCUGGACCGUGAGAACCCCCUGGACAACGUGCUGCUCUACUCCCUGCGGAGGGCUGGCAGCAUGGAGAUGCUGGACCACAGCGGAGAUGAGGACGACGGCCGCGCCGGACACAGGCCCUCCCUGCCUCGCUCCGCCUCCAACCUGGAGAACUCGGAGAGGAAGCGCGUCAAGAGCCGCCUGAAGAAGCUCAUCCAGAAGAGACCGCCGCUGCAGGCGCUGCAGGAGAAGGGCCUCAUCAAGGAUCAGGUGUUCGGGUGCCGCCUGGAGACCCUGUGCGAGCGGGAGAAGAGCACGGUACCUCGCUUCGUCAGGAUGUGCACCGAAGCCGUGGAGAAGAGAGGGCUGGAGACGGACGGGAUCUACAGAGUGAGCGGGAACCUGGCCGUCAUUCAGAAACUGCGCUUCACCGUGGAUCACGAGCGAGCCGUGAGCACCGAUGGACGGUAUCUGUUCCCUGAGGAACUGGUGCAAGAAGAGAAAUUGAACCUCGACGACAGUCAGUGGGAGGACAUCCACGUCAUCACGGGGGCCCUCAAGCUCUUCUUCCGGGAGCUUCCGGAGCCGCUGGUCCCGUACUCGUCCUUCGCGGACAUCGUCGAGACAGUCAAGAUGUCGGACUACCUGGAGAAGGUGGAUCGCAUGAGAUGCCUGGUGCUCAGCAUGCCGGCGCCCAACCGCGACACGAUGCACUUCAUGAUCCGACACUUGAGAAGAGUGAUGGAGCACUCGGACUCGAACCGCAUGACGACCCAGAACAUCGGCAUCGUUUUCGGACCCACGCUGAUGCGUCCGGAGCGGGACAAUGUGAACAUGGCCAUUAACAUGGUGUACCAGAACCAGGCCGUGGAGCUCAUCCUCGGCGAGUUUGAGCGGAUCUUCGGACCCGACCUCUGACGGACGGCCGUCGGCGAUCCGCCGCUUUCGCUCCGUGCCACGGAAACGAAGACGAGAGGACGAGGACGGCGGAACGAGCGUUGACGGAAUGCGGCGAGACUGCGGAUCCCCAGCGCGCGCGCUCCCCUCGACCCACGCCGCCCCGCCGCCGGAUUUGCCGUGGCGUGACGAAGGCCUUCGUGGCCGCGUAUAAGAGCCGGACGUUUGCUACGCACGAGGUUUUCGGUUCAUGUCUGGCACACGUACAGCAGCAGCUUUUGUUCAUGCGGUCCUUCAUCUCCUUGCACUUUGGGUGUACGGUGGCUACAGGGUGUGUGUGUGUGUGUGUGUGUGUGUGUGUGUUUUCUGCAGUUGGGGAGGGUGGAGGGGUGGGUAAUGUCAACAGAGUGUGACAAGGUGCUGUGGAACCGUGAAAGUUUUGAUGGCGGAACGCGGAGGCCCUGAAGAGGAGCCCCUCGAACCCUUCCGCUAGAAGCGAACGUGGCAGUCGGCGCAGCAGUUGGUACAAUUUACCACGAUGCCCUUGCUGCAGAGGUUCUGUUUGAUGGACGACGCGGCUAAAUUCUCAGGGUACGAGCGCCGCGUCGCGCAGGCUUCUCGUCGGGUGCGCGUCCGCGUUUGCAACACGACGGCCCUCCGAGACGAAAGCGGAAAGCGCCGGUUCGGUUCGGGAGGGGUCCGUCCGCCGUCUCCUCGCUCCGCCCGCUCUCCCCGACUCGUUCGCACCCACCCCCCCCCCCCCCGUCGCAGGAAGCGUGACGUUUCCACGGCAUUCGCUUGUCUCGGUUCUCGAGGGACGGUCCGCCGUUUUCUGGCCUUUUCCUUAAGUGCUCAAAACGGUUCUUUCCUCAUGCGUUGAGUAAUACCUCUGCAUGCGCACCGUGCGUAGCAACGGUCCCUGCUAAAGGAGUCGCCGUUUCACUGGGCGAAACGGGUCCGGCGGUGCCCGAUGGAAGGUUUCGCUGUCGCUGCAGCGCCGACAGCCCUUCCCACCGCUCCCAUUGUGUCGUUUGCCUGUUUUUCCUGUCUGCCGGUGUGGUGUGGAGGUAUGAGCCCCUCUCUUGGGGAAGAGCCACCCUGCCCCAACACACACACACACACACACAGGAUUGGCAUCUAUUCUGCUUUUAAUAACAGAACAAAAGAGAAACUGGAAAUACAUAUGUUUUAAAAAAUGCGGAAUCCCCCUCUGCUGCUUCUCCUGCGGCUUUGGUCAUUUCGCAUUUUACUGUGGCUUUUGGCAGGGGACGAGAGAGAGCAACAAGAGAAGAAAAACCUACAAGGACUUGAAUGUUUUAUAUAUUUAUUUUCUUUUUUAUUUUCUUCUAUUAUUGCAGUUCUGUUGGGAAAAGAAGUGUGUGCAUGCACGCACGUGUGUGUGUGUGUGUGUGUGUGUGUGUGUGUGUGUGUCCGUGCGCUGACGGGCUGGGUGGGGGCCGUUCUGCUGUGGAGCCAACAUGCAAUGGACUGGACUUUGAGUGUUAAUUUUUUGAUUUUUCAGGAAUCGCGGUUGUGCCCUUUCAUGCGCUUUGUAGGGACCGCCUGCCGCCGACGUGUUGUUUUCAUUCUAAUGUUUAUGGUCAGCAUAGAAAACCCCACCACUGACAUCUUUUUCGUUUUUCCUUGUUUAGCCGAGUGUGGAUUGAUGCGCCGAAAAAAGACCGCGAGUUAUGCAUAUGAUUUAUUUGUAUAUACGCACGUAAUUUUGUCCAUAUGGCCUAAUAAAGAUGCUUUAAAGUCGCAACGUGAACACAAGCGAAAAAGCAGGCACACGAGUUGAUAUUGGACUUAAAACCGUGGUAUAAUUUUACCAAGGUCCUUCAAUUAGAACUCGUUAACGCCAAUUCCCCCCCCCCCCGAGCGCUCUGCUCACGGCCUCCACACUACUCGCCCUCACACUGGUUUCAAACUACGUGGUCUGAAUCGCGACACUCUGUUUACGUCUGUCAUCGUUACAGUCAUUCCUGUGGUCUGUUUAGAAACGUAAAAUAAGAGCUUUCCCGUUACUUUCCGAAGCGGCGAAAAUGCUGCCGGAUUAACUCAAAAGCCACUUUUCCUUUGCGAGGCGAGAUCCUCGUGUCCGCCUGUCAGACGUGUCGAAAACGGCCUCUCUGGCCGGUUACUUGUAAGCGUGACAAACCCGAACCGUCUCGGUGCCAUCUUUUACACCACUUUAUACACCCGUGUCUGUGAAUUUUGAAAUAUGUGUUAUACCAAAGAUGAUAACAGCAUGCACUUGAGCUCUUCUCUGUAAAACAUUUCUGUGAAAUUCCUCAUUUGAAGAACUAGCUGUGUGAAUUGUAACCGAAUAUAAAUGAAGACCGUAGUUUUUAACGUC